UUGACAAUAAAUGUUGUACAUGUAUUAAUACUAACAACACCAGACAACCUGAGUGCGACUUCCAUUAAAGCUUAACCUUCACGGUGCAAAUUAAACGACAUGAGCAGAGCACUCGCAGCGCUACGCCAGCGCGGCAUGCUGGCCGCGCUAACGCACCAGGAAGCGGGCGCAUCUAUCGACAAGCUGUUGCAGAGCUCGCGUGCACCUGCGGUCUACUGCGGCUUCGAUCCGACGGCUGACUCGCUGCAUCUGGGUAAUCUGCUGCAGGGCAUUGCAUUGCGCCACUUCCAGCGAGCAGGUGUGCGUCCCAUUCUGCUUGUAGGUGGGGCCACGGGCAUGAUCGGAGACCCGAGCGGCAAGUCAGAGGAGCGUGUGCUGCUGUCAGACGACACGGUGCUGCACAACGCGCAGGAGAUUGCCAAGGGACUGUCUGCCGUGCUGGACUUUGAUGACCCCAAAACGGGCGCCAUUAUCUGCAAUAAUGCCGAGUGGCACACGCAGAUGUCGGCGGUCACGUGGAUGCGCGAUAUCGGCCGUCAUUUUCGUGUGAACGCGAUGCUGCAGCGUGAAAGUGUGAAGAAACGUCUAGAGACAGACCAGGGUAUCAGUUUUCUCGAGUUUUCGUACCAGCUCUUCCAGGCCUACGACUUCCUGCAUCUGUACAGGAACUAUGGCUGUGUGGCACAGAUUGGAGGCAGCGAUCAGUGGGGUAACAUUGCUUCGGGCAUUGAACUUGUUCGCAAGAGCACGGGCGAGGGUGUGUUUGGAGCGACGUUGGCACUGCUGACGACGGCAACUGGUGAGAAAUACGGCAAGUCCGCUGGCAAUGCCAUUUGGCUGGAUUCAGAGAAGACGUCCGUCUUUGACUUUUAUCAGUUUUUCCUGCGCUCCGAUGAUCGUGAUGUCGAAAAACUGCUCAAUAGCUUCACGUUCCGAGAAGUGGAUGAGAUCCAUGGCAUCAUUGCUGAGCAUGAGAAGGCCCCCGAGAAGCGUGCUGCCCAGAAGGUUCUGGCGGAGGAGAUCACUGUGAUGAUGCACGGCCAAGAGGGCCUGAAGGCUGCGUUGGAUGCUACCGAGAUGCUCUUCGGGAAGAAGACCGGCCCUCUGACCUCUGAAGAAAUGCUUUGCAUGGCAGGUGACGCACCCAUGACAGUUCUUUCGCGUGCUGAUGUCAUCAACCAGUCCUUGGUGGACCUUGCUGUGCGAAUAGGCGCGACAAAGUCGAAAGCUGAGUGUCGGCGUCUGAUCAAGAGUGGUGGCGUUUACCUUAAUAACGAACGCGUAGAGUCCGCGGCUUUGCGUAUCGGGAAAUCGAAUCUUCUCGAUGACAAGGUAUUGGUGGUUCGCGUUGGUCGGCGAAACAACUUCAUCGUCCAGGCGGAAUAA